AUGACUACAGCUAGAGGCACCCUGGGAUACAUUGCACCUGAAGUGUUCUCUAGGAAUUUCGGCAUUGUGUCUUACAAGUCAGAUGUCUAUAGUUUUGGAAUGUUGUUGCUAGAGAUGGUAGGAGGAAGGAAGAAUAUUGGUUCAAGCGCAAUGAACACAAAUGAAAUUUACUACCCAGAAUGGAUCUAUAAUCUUCUAGAAGGAGGAGAUGACCUACGAAUUCAUAUUGGAGAUGACGGAGAUGGUAAAAUCCCGAAGACACUUGCAAUUGUAGGGCUCUGGUGCAUCCAGUGGCACCCGGUGGAUCGUCCAUCUAUGCAAAUAGUGGUUCAUAUGUUAGGAGGAGGAGAUAACUUGGCCAUGCCUCCUAAUCCUUUUGUCUCUGCAGGUCCUACAACAACACAUGCAAGCAUCCCAGCAAGACGCGUAGAGUUAGAAGCAAUUCCUGAAUUAGAGUAA